GAAAGACCGAGGGUGCAUCUGCGAGCCUGACCCGCAGACGUUCGGAUGGGCACUUGUAUUGGAAAGAUGCGCAGGUGCAAACUGCAAGCCGGGAGCGGCACGCGCUGCGUGGUGCCAGUGGACAGGGUUUCGCUGAGAUUGAUCUGAGCAGCGGCCUCGGCCUCGCUCGCAGGCAUCUUCUGGAGGUCACCCUGCGGGGCCCAGGCACCCGCCUGCCCCGGCGCCGGGCUGUCCAGCACCUCCGGGGUUAAAGCGCCGCAGACCGACCUGGGUGGGGCUGGGGGAUGGGGCGGAGGCGUCCUCGGCGGGUCCGCCGCCCAGGAACCCCCACAGGCCAAGCCUCCCAGCUUCUCGGAGGGCGCCCGCAGCCGGGGACCCCCCCACCCACCCACCCAGGGCAAGCUCCCAGCCUCCCCGAGGGCGCCUCACCCCAGGGCCCAGCCGCUGCCGGCCCUUCAGAGAAGCGGGGACGUUUGGAAAGGCGCAGCCGCACCUCGGACCCCUCCGCGGCCCCGCGGAGCACGCGAAGUUCGGGGAGGAAGCUGAGCGCGGCGCGCGCCUGGCGGCCCGCGGGCCGGAUGACUAAGUUUGGCCGCGCGCCCCGCCGCCGGUUGCCUUUUAUGGCGGACUCGCCGGCAGCGGACGUGGCCGCCGGGCCCCCCCGGCCAGGGGCUGCGGGCACAGCUCGGAGGGGGCAGGCGGCGGCGGGGGGCUGCGGGCGCUCCCCCCGAGGGCCGCCCAUCCUCCCCCCACCUCUCUACUCCCGCCCCCACCCGGCCAGGCCCAGCCUGCCCGAUUUACUGAGAGGGAAACUGAGGCCCACGCAGGGGCGGAGCCCUGCCAAGGUCACAUCGCACCACGGCGGGGUGGCACCCGAAGACACCCACAGGCCCUGCUUCUCAGCCUAGGGCCAGGCCAGAGGUGACUCACGCUCCCAAGGGCGUGCGGCUGCAUUUAUUGAGCACCCACUGUUUGCCUCCUGGCCUCCAGAUUUCUGGGCCUCACAGCAGUCCUUUGAGUGCGGGUCUGGGUCCUCGAACCACAGCCCGAUGCGGGUUAUCCCCGGAGGGAGAAGCAGCUCUCCCUCUUCCUCCCCCCUCACCUGCCCCGGCUGGCUGUUGUGCUUUACAUUUGCACAAACUCAGGAAAUGAAAAUCAUCUCCCCAUUUAACAGAUGGUAAACUGAGGCUGUGAGCCCCAGGUCAGGGGAGCUAAGUGGCAAUGCGAGGGGCCUAACCUGAGUAUAUCUGGGAGCGGGUAACCCGGUCCUGGGGGUGUCAGAACGCAAACGCGCCCCGCACGGAAUAGAAUUCCUGUGGUCUAAGGCGAGCUGAGUCUCCGGGUGACCUCGCGGCCCAUGUGCGGUCUCCUGAUGGGUCCUCAGCCCCCGCCCGGGGCCCUGCCACGCUGUGGGCCUCCGUUUGUUACAACGGAAAACGGGGGGCGUCCAGGGGGCCCGGCUUGGAGGGGGAAGCGCGCUCGGGGUGGUGGUCUGAGAGGAGAGGGGCAGGGAUUUCGAAAACCCCGGCGCUGGGCUGCGCCCCCCUCCCCACCCGGGGCCCCCAGGCCCGCGACCACUCCCGGCGGGGAGGGGUGUGGGGGGC